AUGGAGGGCAUCGGUGUGGACGCGACACCAUUUGGCUUCGACGCUGGGCCCUCCGUUUUCACCUCGGAGGACGACCUCACUGCCUUUUUGAACAACAUGACUGCUGGAGAGCCUGAGACAUGGCCACCGUUAGAUCACAGAGCAUGUGAUCUCGACUCGCCCAUCGAGUACUUGUCCAGCGCGGCCUCAGACUCUUUUCGAUCGCCUGGGAAGCAACUUCAAUACCUUCCGAGCCUUCAUGGUGCCUCGAGCUCGCUGUCGCCGCGUGACAGAUCUACCAUCCUGACUCCCACUUCUUCCUUGGCCCUACAUGAGUUCGUUGACGUGCUGCAGGUCGAGGACCAACCGUCAUCGGAGAGUACGACAAGCACACCCGAGAGCAGCUUUAGCCCUUCCUCUGGCGAGUAUGUCCAGGUCCGGCAAGACACCGGCCGAUCGCAAGGCAGAUCACACCUGACGUUACGGCCCCAGCCGAUGCCAGGCUCAGGGGCGUCGACCUUCUCCGCGCAGCAGUCGCACCUUCACAAUUUCGCCACAAACACGAGUCAUUCGACAUCCUUCGCGACAACAUCUGCAGCUACUGGUAGCUGGACGAUCGACGAUAUGGACGGUUCAGGUGCAUGGGGUGAGCUCGAUCCUUCCUCGUAUCCUGCCCAGAUUGACACCGGUGUGCCUGCCGAGCUUGCAACCUUCGAUGCGAGCCACCUUGGGAGCACGCCGUCGUUCAAUCAGUCCACUCAUGCAUAUGACAAUGGCGCAACCUUUCGUUCCUUCGGCAACGAUGUACACACCUUCGACCAUGCCUCUUUCACGCCCAACUUCGAUGCGUACGCACUGCAGACGCCGAUGCAGAUGCAGGCCGUGUCGCAAUCGCAAGGCGCAUCAAUUACCACGAGAGCGCCCACUGGGCAAGCGACGCCGCACUUCAACGUCAUGACUCGACAGCCCUUUGCCAAUGUCCAACAGUUCGUACCAAUGAACAGCAUGCCCCCGUCUCUGUCGCAGCAAACACAGCUUACCAUGCGCGACCAUGGGCAGCUCGGCUUCAGGGCAGGUAACAACGUCGCAGCCCCAACCAACUCCCUUCCGUCCGUUUCUCAACCUCAAAGGGUGAUGGUCGAGAACAUCCACACCACUGUCCAAAACCAGGCCAGCGUACAACAGGCAAUUGCGCAACGGUUAAGGAACGAACCGACGCCCUCGCAGCAAGUGCCUCGCGAUCAUCAGCACGACAUCAGAGGCUCUGGACCGGCGCAGAGCCGACAACUUCGCGCAUUACCGCCAGGAUCGAGUCGUAUGAAAGUAGAUCCAUUACAAGCUCCACGUGCGAAAGGAGGUAGAAAGAGGAACGAGCCCCUGACCGAGAGAUGUCCUGAUGGCAACUCCCCUUGCGCUCGAUGCGUGACAGCAUUCUCAGACGGCAAGCUCGUUCACUUCCCAUGUACCCGAGCCAAGCUGCCGAUGUUUGUGCUUGACUUCCUACCUCCAUCCAUGACUGGCAUGCACCAGAAACAGUCGAUCGAGGAUUACAUGAACGCAAAAGUCUCCCACUGGCACAAGGAUACCGCCACGGAUAUCUACCUCACCUGCGGUCAUGGCCCGGCACUACGCUGGAAGCUCUACGAGUUCACUCCAAUUGACGAUGAACCCUGCUGGCAGUGGCAGUACCUCCAAGUCAACGGUCGAUCCGAAGCACGUCAAAAGUACUCACCACCCUUCGCGAUGAUCAAGUUCGACAUGAGCGACGAAGCUCAUAUCGAUGAGUUCAUGGACGAGAUGCUUCAGCCACGCUAUCUUGCGGACUUUGGCUGGACAUGCUUCGAGGAAGAAACUCCUAUCAACGACUUUCAAGCCCAGGUUCUCCAGGCCAUGUGUGCACUGUACACCGCGACCCACGACCCUGACCUCAAGGAUGUCCUCCGCAAGAUUCUUCGCAUGACCGCUCUCACCUACAUAAUGGGGCACACCUUGACCUUGCUCGAAACUACCACUUUCGGCGUCCUCCGUGCGAUGAAAUAUGCCAAGAUGCCGUCUCCGUCAGCUGUGCCAACUCAGCACGUCUCGCCUCGCCUCGCUAAUCGGCAACUCAAGCUCUUCUUUUCUCUCCACCGCGAGAAAGUGUACAAGGAACUCCUCAACUGGCAGCAACAAACCCUGCACGCAAGCAAAAGCAAGGAAGAGUGCUGGUUGCCCGCUUUCUGCGUCACGUUGGGUCUCGCACUUGUGCUAGAGGAAGUGCAGAGGACGAUCUGGGUGCAGGCUGAUGCUAAAGUGAAGAAGGAUGAGACCGUCACGCAGCAUGCGGCGGAGACAGAAGCAUACAAUGCCUGUUCGAGGAUUGACGAGAGGUUCGAAUUGCUCGGGAACCUAUUCAGGGCGAAGUAUCGUGCGAAGAAGUGGAGGACAGCGGCUCCUGGGUCAUUCGGCCCUGCGACACCGCAUUUACCGGAAUACGAGGCGCAGAACUUUUUGAACGAUGUCUAUGCGUUGCUGGUCAAUAAUCAAACCCAUCUGAGGAUACGGCAAGACGUGCCGUUGUCUUCGGAGAACCAGUGCUUUUACACGUCCCGAUUGGUGGCGCGAUUCCUGCUGCCGUUCUUGGAUAAUCCGAUGGCUUAG